AUGAUGUCUCUACGACGUCCUCUCGUCGGCUGCGCUGCCAGGCCAGCUGUCGCCUUCACAUCUAUCGCGAAAAAACAGACCGCCACCAUUCUCAAACCGCGGACAUUCACCGCUGCAUUCUCCAGCUCCCGACCUACUGCAUCUCGUCAGUCCGUUCUGACAACUUUCUCGAAGUUCUCCAAAUCGUCGAAUCCGUUCUCCCGUUUCCAACAAGCUCGCAAUUCUUCAUUCGCCACUGAACCCGCGGUGGCCCGUCCGAACCAGUCGGCUCUAUACAAAGGUCUCUAUGCUGUCGCCGUCUUUGGUGGUACGGCAUUUGCCAUCAACUUCAUCUUCAACCGAGAAACCCGUGAAGGACCUAUUCCAGCUUACCAACGGGAAUAUCUCCAUGAGACAUUCAUGUACACUGGCCUUGGUGUCGGAAUGAUCGGUGUUGUGGCGAAAGGCCUUCACAAUGUGGGAUGGAGUUAUCGAUUGAUGGCAAUGAACCCAUGGGUGUUUGCCGGUAUAUCGUUAGUUGGUGGUAUCGGAACUAUGAUGGCGACGUACGCGUGUCCACCAGAGAACUACGUGGCCAAACAUGCUCUAUGGUCGGCUUUCAAUGUCUCUCAGGCAGCUGUUUUAAGCCCUCUAUUGUUCUUUAACCCAGCUAUUCUCGCUAGAGCUGGAUUGUACACUGUCGGAAUGAUGGGUGCUAUUUCAUAUGUCGGUGCUACAGCAAAGACUGACCAAUACCUUUACCUCGGUGGCCCUCUUCUUGCCGGUCUCACUGUCGUCGCCCUCUCUGGCUUUGCACCGCUCGUUAUUCCCGCUACUGCCGCCCGUACCCUAGCCUUCACCGAGAACCUUUGGCUCUAUGGUGGUCUCGCAGUUUUUGGCGGUAUCACACUGUAUGAUAUCCAAAAGGUCUUGUACCAUAGCCGAAUGUCCGAAGCCGGCUUGAAGAAGAGGGAUACAGUCAACGAAGCCAUCUCACUCGAAUUGGACUUCAUCAACAUCUUUAUAAGGAUGGUUUAUAUAUUACAGGGUGGCGGUAACAGGAGGAAAUAG